AUAAUGAAAAUGAUGGUUCUUCCAAGACCAUGGAUCUAGCAGAUUCUUUUGCGAUGCAGACUUUUAAUUCUGAAUGCAUAGAACAGCAGAUGGAGGUGCAAGGAAGCAUGCUGGCCACUCUCUCGAAGGACCACAUCCAAAUGAUCAAAGCACAUGUUUCAGAUCUAGUUGUUCCAAUGGUACACCAGCAGUUGUAUUAUUGUGGAUUUAAUCAGAGCCCUGCUAGGCUGGAGGAAAUUCUGCACACUGGCUUUUCAACGGAAGAUUUCCACCUGGGAGAGUACGGAGCAGGAUUAUAUUUCACAGCAAGUCCUGUAGCAGCCAGAAAUUCUUUGCAGCAUUACCAGGUGCUAGUCGCAGAUGUUUAUAUUGGGAGGAUAGAAGUCGUACACCACAAGCAAGCGAGCAGGACUUGCCCAACCGAAGGGUGUGAUUCACUUCUGGUCCCAGGGAGGACAUUCAGUGGGACACUUCCUCACUUACAGAAAGAGUUUCUGAUAUUCAGUCACUUGCAGGCCAUACCUAUCUGUAUACUGAAGUACGCAAAGUAGUAUGGAGGAAACAAGAUAUAAAUGGUGCUUAUUCUAAGCCAUCAACAUACGAGACCAUCACCUGGAUUAAGAUGAAGGAAUGGCUAUGUACACACAUGCUUUGCACUUGAAUUUCUGUUAAGAAUUUGUGUUUUAUUUUUAGAUGUUUCAUAUUUUACUACUUCAGAAUAAAAGUAAAAUCAAAGUCAACCAUGUUCCAAUAUUCACCUCAAAGUUAUUCUACUAGAUAUGGCAUAAUUAAAAUUAUUUAAUUUGUAAGGAUGGAGGUAAGUACACUUCUACUUGGAUAAACACUGCAGGCAUCCAAACACCCACGAUGGAGAGACUGUAGAAAUGGAUAAAGGACCCAUAAACAUACAUUGAGUAGAGGGAACCGUUUAGAGGUAUAUUGUCAGAAAUCAAGGAUGAAUAUAAAGGGAACACCUCAUAUGUGG